AAGUCCACGGUAGUGAAGCAGCUACGCUUUGCUAGGAGCUAACAGCCCGGUGUUAUACCUCUGUUUAUUCCACCGCUAACAUCUGCUUUCACCCCCCGGAGAGGUGUGUUACAGGUCAUCAUCAUGGGUGAACCGCAGCAGGUCAGUGCCCUGCCCCCUCCGCCCAUGCAGUACAUCAAAGAGUACACCGAUGAAAACAUCCGUAAAGGUCUGGCUCCCAAGCCCCCUCCACCCAUCAGAGACAACUACAUGAUGUUUGGCAACCAGUUCCAGUGUGACGACCUCAUCAUCCGGCCCCUGGAGAGCCAGGGCAUCGAGCGGCUCCAUCCUAUGCAGUUUGACCACAAGCGGGAGCUGAAGAAGCUCAACAUGUCCAUUCUCGUGAACUUUCUGGACCUGCUGGACAUCCUCAUCAAGAGCCCUGGUAGCAUAAAGCGUGAAGAAAAGCUGGAGGACAUAAAGCUUCUGUUUGUUCACUUGCACCACUUGAUAAAUGAGUACAGGCCGCAUCAAGCCAGGGAGACGCUGAGGGUGAUGAUGGAGGUGCAGAAGAGGCAGAGGCUGGACACAGCUGAGAGGUUCCAGAAACAUUUGGAGAGAGUGGUGGAGAUGAUUCAGGGGUGCCUCACCUCGCUGCCCGAUGACUUACCACAGAUCGAGGGUCCAGAUGGUGCUGGUGAGGGGACAAGGAAUAUGUCUGCAGCAGCGGGUGUUGGUAGUUCUUCUGGCCUGGCCCCCAGGCUGAAAAGUGAACCUAUGGAUGUAGAGGAAGCAGGGGCCAGCUGUAUGGCAGUGGCUCAACAGGACAAAAGCAUCCCUCCUUUGAGGAGAGAGAAAAUAUGGGACAAAGACGCUGCUAUGUGCAGUAUUAUUGAUGAAAUUGCUUAAGUUUUGUAUUGGGUAUUCGUGUUUCUUUUUUGUGCAUCUUAACUGUGUGUUUUUGUGAGCUUUAUUAGUGUAAGAGGGAAGAAGUUGGCUGGGUCUGAAAUGCUGACUGGACUAGUGUUUUAUUUAAAAGCAAUCACAUAGAUAUUAUCACCACUACCUUGGAACAUUUUCCAAGAAUUUAGAUGUCACACAGAUCGACCGGGAAGCCAAUUUUCAGUUUUUGUAAUAAAAACAAUUUCCAAACAUC